AUGGCAGAUGAAGAUGCUUGUCUUCAGUUAAAAAUUCAUGGAAUUAUACAAAUGAAUGACAAGAAAAGUCUUGAAGAAGUGGGUCUCGAAGAUGGCGCAAUUUUAGAAUUUAGUCGAUUACAUAAUGGUGUAUGGGAACCUUUUGAAUCUGAAUCAUAUCCUGAAUCUAAUGAAUCUUAA